AUGCGUGCCUCUCCUCAAGGCGUCCUGCUCCUAAGCUCGGCGCUCUUUGCGCUCCUGUCUGGUACCUCCAUGGUGUCGGCAGCCAGCUCCACAACGGACAACGCGUACAAGGGCUGCUAUGAGGGCGGCGCUCUGCAAUUCCAGCAGUCCGGCUCAUUUGGCACGAUCGACGCGUGCCGCGACCAAUGCAGAUCAGCAGGAUUCUCGGUGGCUGGGUCCAACGGCGACACAUGCUAUUGUGACAACACGAUAAACUCGGGCGUCGCAAACACGCGUUCUCUCGCAGAAUGCGAUCUCCCUUGUUCGAGUGACUCGAGUCAGAUGUGUGGUGGGACGGCCGGAUACAGCUCGGUCUAUUCAGACAUUGUCUCCACCACCGCGGCUACGUUCCGAGACUUCACCCUGCUUGGCUGCUUCGACGACUGCAAUGGACGUGUGCUCCCAGAUGCUUCUUUCAACCUGGGCGAUUCGACUCGCCUCGACACCUGCGCCAACAGCUGCUCAGGAUACAAGUACUUCGGCCUGGAGUUUGGACACGAAUGCUGGUGCGCAGGCCAAACUAAUGAAGCUGGGAAGGAGAGACCGAGCUACGAGUGCAAUCAGCCUGCUCAAGGAUCGGACCUAACUUAUACUGCAGGUGGACACUGCCGCAUUUCUGUCUACGGGCCGGCCCCGCCAACACCUUCGACUAGCACCACGUCGACAUCGCCGGCCGACACAACCACUUCGUCCAGCUCAACGAGUGCCUCCCAGACCUCCACGAGCAGCGAGCCCACUACCACCUCUACUUCAAGCAGCACGACCGCUGAGGCAACGAGCACGUCAACGACGACGAGCAGUGAGCCCACUCCGACAUCGACGUCGACCAGCUCAACUACUGAGGCGACCAGCGCUUCGACCACAUCCACUGCUACGAGCACGUCGACCACAAGCACUUCAACGUCGACAAGCACGUCAACCACAAGCACUUCAACGUCGACAAGCACGUCAACCACAAGCACUCCAACGUCGACAAGCACGUCCACCACGUCCACUGCCACAAGCACCUCAACGACGAGCAGCGCUACGACCACGAGCUCCACCACCAGCACGACCAGCACCAAGCCGCUGCCCACCCUUCCUUCCACGGUCAAGAAGCUCGGGUGCUUCAACCAGGGCCCCCUUCGCGCCCUCCUCGUGCAAGCCUACAAGAACAAUGCCGCCAAUACGCCGCUGCUGUGCUCGCAGACAUGCUCGAAGUUCAAGUACAGAUACAGCGGUGUUGAAGGCAAGGACUGCUACUGCGAUAACUUUGCACUUCUCGCUUUCCUUCUAGGUGGACCUGGCCAGAAGGGCUGCACCACCCCAUGCCCUUCAGUGCCCGAGAUCACCUGCGGUGGCAAGGACCGCAUCGAAAUCGCUCAGGACACGCUGUGGAAGCCCAGCUUCAUCAACGUCGUCCCCAGCAAGGACAAGCAUUAA